AACAUUAAUUAUUAAAAAAAGUGGGAUUUGUCGUUUAUCGUGUUUGUGUAUGUUGGCUGGAAGAAAAAAAAGCUUGUUGAAUAUUUUGACGCGAGAAUAUUUUGAAGAGAGAAAAUAGAGGGGAAAAAAAAGUGUCGAAACAAACAGAGAGAAAGAGUGAAGAAGUAGAUGUGAGAUAAAUUAAGUUUGUCAACAAGUGCCUUAUAGAUUAAAAAUCCAGGACAUGUUUGGUGUUCAUGGGCUCGCAAUUGAUCAGCGAUCAUCUUGUUCCUCGUGGUAUGGAUUCAGAAGAAUCACAAAUCAGGAAGGAAUCGAAAUAAAAUAAUACGAGACGUACAAUAUGAAUGUGCAAUAUUAAGAUUACUUUUGGAAUUUAAUUACAUAAAGAAACAUGGACAAAGGCAAUGGAGCUAGUUUUGAUGGAAGUACAAAUCCGCAAGAAUGUUGGGAAGUUUACAAAAAAGUGAUGGAGGAAACAAAAAUUUUAGACGACUAUCUUGAAGAAGAAUGCAGUCCUCGUAGUUACGAUGAAGGCGAAGAGGAAGCUGAGUGGUUGAAAGCAGCGGGUUUAGGGGAAUUAACCGAACCUUGGAAAGCUGGUAGAGAAAUCCAACCAGAAGAGUUAGGAGCAGUUUUGAGACCAUUGUCCCGUGCGCAAGCGGAAGCUGUUAAACGACGUGUGCGAUCGCUCAAUCACACGGUCAAACAACGUUUUAAUCAAAGGCAUCGUGUUCGGAAACCUGACAUCAGAGAUGUUUUCAAAGAUGCCGAGGUUUCCAGUACAGGUACAAGGUCUCGAAGUGCUACUCCUGACUCUCUUGAUUCUGUUUCAGGAGAAACUCCUGAAGGAAUUUCUCCACCGUCUCCUCCAAACGUUGGGGUUAUUGAUACUCACCAUGAAAAUGUUAAUGUUCCUAGCUUUGUGUCCAUAUUUCAUCGAAAUCUUCAUGAUGGCAAGGAAGCUGGACGAAGAAAUACAAAUGUAUCGUCAUCGGCACAAGUUGCAGCGCCAACUCCUGUUCCAUUUCAGGAAAUGUUCCGAAGAUCUGGCCACUGGGCUCAGCGCGGAGACGUUGCCAGUGAUUCAGAGGGAAUUCAACUGACGGCCUAUCAAAGACUGGGAACAAUACAUUCGCCAAGAACUAUUUUACCAAGGCGAAGUGGCAGUGAUCUUGGAGAAGUUACCAGUGUGGAAUCCACGGCAGUUGAAAAAUUAUCAGUUCCAAAGGAAUCAACGCUUAAAAGGAGUUCAGGACACGCAACAGUUACCCGUAGUCACAGUAGUUUAUACGGAAUGUCGAGGCCCAGUCGUGAUGAGAGUGUUAUUGCAAAACCAUUAAAUCGCACAUCGUCACAUGGCCAUCUUAGCUUUGAAGAAAUGUGCAAGGCAAAUGAAACAAAAUCAAAAGUUUGGCAGGAGAGUGCAUUUGUUUCGGAUGAAAAUUGUGAGGGCCUAGGCAUUGAAUUAUUAUCGCAACGUGAAUUAACUCGAUUGCAAUCAUUACUUUGGCUCGAUUUAACUGCCGUUUAUGAUAAAUAUAAUGUUCCUCUAACCAAACGGAAGCCAAAUAAACGCAUACCAAAAGCUGGUAAUCUUUUUGGAGUUUCCUUGUCCACUCUGCUUUUGCGGGAUACUCAAAUAACAAGUGAGGAAAGUAAUAUUCCAUUAGUCUUUCAAAAAAUCUUGUCAGAAUUAAGUAAACGAGGUGUUAAAGAAGAAGGCAUUCUUCGUGUUGGUGGCCAUAAGCAAAAGGUCGAAACUUUGUGUUCAGAGCUGGAAAACGACUUUUACUGCAAACCAAACGAAAUGGAUUCGCUUUUUAAGCGCACACCGUGCAAUGAUUUAUCAGUUGUCCUGAAAAAACUUUUACGGGAUUUACCUCAACCUCUUCUCACCGUCGAACUCAUUGAUGCUUUUUAUCAAAGUCACGGUGUAAAAAAUCCAAGUGAUCUCGCUUUAUCUCUAAAUCUUUUGGUGCUAUUAUUACCAGUUGAACAUCGGUGCACAUUAAAGGCUUUAUUGAAAUUUUUAAUGCUCGUCAUUGAAAAUCAAAAUUCGAAUAAAAUGCCAAUUCACAAUGUGGCUAUGAUUGUGGCGCCAUCACUAUUUCCACCGCGCUACAUUUAUCCACGUGAUCGUUCAGAUUUAAGUGCACAAGUCAAUAUGGCAGCGGUUUGCUGUCAAAUAACGGAAGCUCUCUUAAAUAAUGUUGAUAGAUUGUGGUACGUACCAAGCGAUUUAAUAAGACAACUGCGAAGAACGGAAGAAGACCGAUAUCGUAAGUACAAGUACAAUAAGUACAAGUAUUAAAUUUUCAAAAAAAAAAAAAAAUUUUUUGUUCUCAAAAACUUAUUUUUUACAAAAUUUACGAAGAGUUUCAAAUUAACUCUAGAUUUAUCUUAUUUAUAUUUUCUCAUUUUUAUUAUCAAUUUUAAGGCAGAAUUAACUUUUUUCGUACUUUCAUACAAAAAAAACAUUCCUUUUGAUAACAAAUUUUGUUUUU